AUGCUCUCCCACCGCAAGAACUUCUGGUUGUGCUUCCUCAUCACUAGCACCAUGAUGAGCUUCGGCUAUGGGUCCUCCUACUUCUCCGUCACCUUCGGCCAGCCUAGCUUCCUGAAGUACAUGAAACUGGCUGGACCAGAAGCAUCUUCAGAUGUGGAAAGUUUGAUCGGUGCCAUGACUGGAGUCAAUACCGCUGGUGGAAUUGUCGGUGUCCUGGCUCUCGCCUGGGUCAUGGAUGUUUGGGGUAGACGAGCAGGAUUGGCCUAUUGUGCAAUUCUGUCGAUCGCCGGACGGACGUUGUGCGCUGCGUCUCGAGAUAUCGCCAUGUUCAUCGCCUUCCGCUUUCUGGAUGGCGCUGGCACUUUCGCCUCCUUCAUUGCAGUGCCUUUGUACGCUGCCGAGCUUUGUGCGCCUCAAUAUCGCGGUCUCUUCGUUGGUCUUGGAGGUGUAUUCCUCACUAUCGGAUACACGAUAGCUGCCUUGAUGGGCGUCGCAUUCUACUUCUGCCACUCCCCCGAUAACUGGCGCGGCCCUAUCGCGAUCGGAGAAUUCUUCGCCCUACACAUGCUGCUAGUCGCCUGGUUUGGCCCCGAGUCCCCCCGUUUCCUGCUUCUACAAGACAACCCGGACGGAGCCUGGAAAAUUGUCAGCAAACUACAUGCCGACCAGAACGAUCCUGACCAGACCUUCACAAGAGCAGAGUUCUUCCAAAUGCAGAAACAGGCCGAAUUCGACCGGUCGGUGAAGAGCAGCUGGGUGACUCUGUUUACCAAGAAGAGCUAUCGGAAAAGGCUGAUGCUCUCGGCUGGGUUUGCGGUUAUUGGGCAGUCAAGCGGCAUCCUGGUUAUCUCGAACUAUGGUCCGUUGUUCUACGCGAACCUCGGAUUCAACGAUAUAGACCAACUGUGCUUUCAAGCGGGAUAUUUCGCAUCGGCCGUCCUAGGCAACCUCGUCGGCUCACUGGUCAUCGACCGCGUGGGCCGUAAGCCAAUCAUGCUGCUGGGCAUCGGUGGCUCAUGCGUCUGGCUCUGCGUCGAAGCUGCCAUGAGUGCUCUCUACGCGGGCACUACCAACACGGCAGGCCUCAAUACCGGCGUGGCAGCCUUAUUCCUAUUUGUCUUCUUCUACGCUUGUGGUGUUGAUGUCGGCAUGCUGGUGUUCUUCGGUGAGAUCUAUCCGAACCACAUGCGCGCUAAGGGAUUCACGGCCACGCUUGCGAUCCUUCUGUGCGCAGAUUUGGUAUAUUUGCAGGUUACGUCUCUUGCGUUUGCCCAUAUCCAUUGGAGGUUUUUUCUGGUCUUCAUCAUCAUCACCGGAGUAGGCUUCUUCUGGCUCGCCUGGGUCCUGCCCGAGACAAAAGGUCUGCCCUUGGAAGAGAUUGCCGCGAUCAUGGGCGACGCAGAUCAAGUUGUCGUGUAUCAGCAGGACAUUCGGAUCGACGAGAAGAGCAAUCAAGUCGUGCUGAACACCGCGGACGACGAGAAGAGCGAUGCACAACAUGUGAAUGCAGAGAUGAUCGAGGAGAUCGCGCUGCCGCCUGGCGAUAUGACUGACCGUGUGUGA